UUAAAUUCAUCGACUCAACUCCUUCCUUCGGCUUCCAUAACUGAAAACGCGAAUUCCCUCUCCCUCUACUCUAGCUGCUAUUCCAUUCUAUUCAGACAAAACAUUAUUGCCUUACUCCUUAAGACAUAGUAUAUCAAACAAUUGAUCGAUGGCCAAGUCCAUACAGCAAGAGCGAAGAAGCGGCAAAUGUUUCGUAUAUUUGCUGGCAGCCUUUGUCAUCUUAUGCGCACUUGUGUUGGUUUUUGCGUCCCUAUUGCGCGUCAAGAAUCCAUAUCUCAAAUUAAGAUCAGCUACUUCCAACAAAAUCAGUUACAGCACUUCACCUUCCUUCAACGCCACCCUCAUCAUCUUUCUCGGCAUCAAGAACCCAAAUUUCGGCGCCUUCAGUUACAAUAAUAACAGGGUGAGUGUGCUCUAUGCGGGUGUAAAGAUCGCUGAUAGGCAAAUCAAUGGUGGCAGGGUGCGUUUCAGAGAAACCAAAGAAAUUAAUGUUACUGUGAAAUUGAUGUCCGCUAAGGCACCCAUUAGUGAGAAUCUUUCUAUUGACAUUAGUUCGGGGUCGUUGAAUCUCACGAGUAAUGUCAAAUUUAGUGGCACAGUUCAUAUGCUCAAGAUUAUCAACAUCAGAAAGACCAUAGAAAUGGCUUGUGCUAUGAAGCUCAACUUGACCUCGCACACAAUUCAGGGUAUUCAAUGCCAAUAGCUAUUUUUCCUUUGCUUUGUACUGCUUGCUAGUUUCUUGGUGUUCUCUUCUACAAUAGUACCUUUAUUUUAUUUAUUUUUUCCUUACGUUACAUUACUGCCGUACUACGUGAAUUUUUGGUACUUGUUUGGUUA